AUGACUGUCACCCAGGUCCCCUUCCCUUCCCCUUCUACCUUGAAGAAGUUCCCUCACAUCCACGAUGACCCCUCUACCAUGUCCCAUGCCCUGGAUCCCUUCACCAUCACUACCUCUACUGGAUUCUUGCCGUACCAGACUGCCCCAGUUGAGUUACCCGCUGCCUUCGAGCCACUCUUCACCUUGAUCAACCGCCUUCCUGUCGUCAAGGCAGAUGGCACUCCUGGCUUGCUGGCUACAUAUGAGUUGGGUCAUGCUGUCGAUACUGAGCUUCCCGACUUGACGGAUGAGAUUCCAAAGUUGGUCUUGCCUGAUGGAUCUCCCGACAAGUCUCUCUUGCUGCUGUAUUCCGUGACUACACCUUCGUGGCCUCCUCCUAUCUCCUCGAGCCUUGCUGGGAGAACUGGAACAAGAACCCCGACGGAGGCUAUGGACUUGGCCGCACCCUUCUCCCUAAGUGUGUUGCUCGUCCCAUGUAUCGCUGUGCGCAGAUAUAGCUUGGAUCUACCUCCCUUCAUGUCGUAUGCUGCAUCAUAUGCGCUUUUCAACUACACUGUCGCCGACAAGUCUAAGGGCCUGGAAGAAUAUUCUAACUUACGCCUUAUACGUGCCUUUGAGCGUGGCCUGAGCCCCAAGAGUUCUGAGGCCGGCUUCAUCUUGACCCAUGUUGACAUGGUUAAAGAAACUGGCCCUCUUGUGAAUGGAGUUCUCCGAGUCAUUGACACCAUCGAGCAGCGUGGCUCUCGUGCUGAAAUCAAUGACGGUUUCCGGGAGAUCUUGCGCUCCAUGGAGAAGAUCGAGGCAUCUAUGGAAGAAAUGUGGGCCAACUCAAAGCCUUCGGACUACCUCUCUUUCCGCGUCUUCAUCUUCGGCAUCACCAACCAGUCCAUGUUCCCUAACGGCGUGAUCUACGACGGAGUCCUGGACAACAAGCCUCUGGAGUUCCGAGGCGAGAGCGGAGCCAAUGACAGCAUCAUCCCCAUGCUGGACCAUCUCUGUGAAAUCCCCAUGCCCUCUACCCCUCUCACAAAGAUCCUGCACGAGUUCCGCGCCUAUCGCCCCCUGCCUCAUCGCGAGUUCUUGACCUACAUCCGCGAGAAGGCCGAGACGAUCGGCGUCCGGAAGUCCUCAACCACGUCCGCAGCUUCCGCUGGCGCCACUGGCUCUUCGCACGCGAGUACAUCAUUCGUCGUACUCCGCACCCCGACUGCCACGGGCGGAAGUCCCAUUGUUACUUGGCUUCCCAAUCAGCUGUUUGCUGUCAUGGAACUGAUGAUCAUCAUUUAUGACACCCAUCUCGCUCCCAAGCAGGGCGCUGCUAUCGUCCACAGUGAGCAGGAUCUCAUCGCGUCUCACCGCAAGCAAGUUGAGCCUAUGAUGGAGAACGUGCGUGAUCAGAAGGAGAAAUUGGAGAAGGAAGUUGAAAAGUGGUGUAAGGAGCGCGGGGUCUAG